AUGGCUGAGGAAGGAGUCAGAAAAAAUCCUGCAAGAGCAUCUCGAGUCGCUCCAGUGAGAUAUGAGGAUACACAGGAAUCAAGCUCAAGAAGACCGGCAAAUCGUAAUCAAUCAUAUAAUGAUGGCUCUUACACUGUCGAACGAAUUUUGGCAAGAAGAAAGAUUGGAAAACGACUAGAAUACAUGGUGAAAUGGAAGAAUUUUGCUGAGCAUCAAUCCACAUGGGAACCCGCUGACAAUCUGAACUGUCCGCGUCUGGUUGCUGCAUUCGAGAGAAACAGAGAAUCCGGAUAUGCAAAAGGUGUUCCGGAGCCACCAGCUAAGAAAUCGAAACUUCCAAAAUCAAACUGUAGACUUUCGCCGAUUUCUUCUGAAGACGAGGAGGAGAAAGCCAAACCGCGAAAAAUGAUGAAAAAGGUGCAUGGUCUCACGACAGCAUCAGGGAAACUUCAAUAUUUGUGUUGUUUUGUGGACAACACUUUUGCACUUGUUUCUCGAAGAGACAUGCAUAACCACUACUCCCGUCAGCUCGAAAGGUACUAUAAAGAUAAAGCAAAGGAGGAAGAAAUGCAAAUACCACUGCCAGAAAGAGAGGAAGUAAAGGAGCAGAAAAUGAUAUCCGUACCACCACUUCUUCAAGAUGAUCUCUGA